UUGUUCUUUAUACUCGGUUUGUCUGAUUCACACGUUAAUGUUAGUCGAAUGCUUCUAAAUAGGGCAAAAGAAUCCCCACAAACCCUAACUUUAUUCAUUUCACUAACACACUCACUCCCUAAAGUUCCCAGCUUUAUCUCACCAAGCACGCUCUAACGGUUUCUGAGACAGGCAUGUAGGUAUUCUUUAACGAAAAUAUUGCAAAACCCUUUUGAUGGAGGUUGUUAGAGAGAGACUGAAAGAAGAUAAAGAAAUGUCAAACCUCAAUGUUGUCAGCAGUAACAUGUCAGAAAGUUGUAGGUGUGAUGAAUUGGUAGAGAGAAGCAAGAAAGAUGAAAUGAGGUGUGCCGAGUUAGAAUUUAAGCUUAAGAAGAAAGAUGAGCAUUGUGAAGCACUUGAGGCUAAACUCAGGGCACUUGAAGGUGAGGUGGAAGUUUUGAGGGUGUCUAGUGAAGGGCGUAAGGAGAAAAAAGUUGGCAAUGUAAAAGAUGGAGAAGUGAACACGGUUAUUGAUUUGACAGAUGAUAGUGAGAUUGAACAACUAUUGAUUGAAAACAGUGUUUUGGAAUGUGAGAAGAAAAAGUAUAAGAGUGAGGCUGAGGUCUGGAAAGACAGGUACUGGAAACUGGAAUCAUGGGCCUCACAGUUGAAGCCGGAAAGUGGCUGUUAUUACCAUGAAGAAAAUGGAAAGAAGGAGGAAAGUGGUGUGAUUAGGACUGGUGGUAGUUCGCAUCUAGAACCAAUUAUGGAUUCUAGAGUGCUAAGUGUUGGGAGAGUUAAAAGGAAAAUGACAUUUGAGAUUGAAGAGAGACCCAGCAAAAUGAUGGCUCUAUCUGCACCCUUUGUUGCAAAAUCUGCUUCUGUUUUUGCAACUGAUAUCCUUGACAGUGAUGAUGAACCCAAUAUUCCCCAACACCCUUUCCUAGAUAGUGAGGGUAGCGGAGAUAUUUUUGUAACAUCGUGUUUUCCUGGAGAAAAUGAGAAGAUUUCUAGCAGUUAUGCCAAAAACAAUGAGGAAGAUAGGAAUUCUGGUGAAGAUUUACCUUUUGUGGUAACACCUAAGAGGAAACGAAAUUGUAAUGUUGUCUCAAGUGAGUCAGAAAAUGACAAUGAUGAUGUGCCGAUUAGUAAAUUAAAGAGGAUGCAUAUUCAGGAAGUAAGACCUGAUGAAGUCAGAUGUGACACAAAUAACUUUGUAGCUGCUUCUGCUUCAGCAGUCGACAAGGUUAUCGGGACUGUAACACCUAGGCAGCGUAUAAUGCCACUCAGAAAAUUGGCCAAAAAAAGUCAAGAAGGUAGAACAGCGUAUACAUCUAGUAGGGCCAAACAUCAACAAUGUAAUCUGAAAAAUGCUGCUGCUGAUGAUGAUGAGUCACAAGAGGAUUUGUCUGACUGUGAAGAUGAAUGCAUGAGUGAUUUUAUUGUUGACGAUUUUGAUGAGUUGUCUUCUGGUGAUGCAUCAAGCAAAUCACAAGAUGCAUCUGAUGGGGAUGUGAACUCUGAUUCCUGUAACUCACAAGAUGUACCAGAUAAUCACACGAGUGAUACAAGAGAUGUAUCUGAUGAGGACAUAGACUUCAGUAAGAUAUUAUCACAAAUUCAGAGGAAGAAAGAUCACAUGGAGUGGGAAUUUGAGGCUGAUAUGCUUGCAGAUUUUGGCAAAGAUUCUGAAUUGUGUAUGAAGGCUGUGUGUGCUCUCUAUCAACAGCAAACUUCUGAGGAACAGAUGAGCAGGGGAACAUUGUAUACUAACCAGCGAGGAUUCAGCAAGUUUGAUGCUAACAGAGGGAGCACUUUGGCCGAGUACCUCACUCAUGGAGAUCCUCGUGGUGGUUUGAAGAAGUCUCUCAAGGAAUUGCAAGAACAUGACCCCAAAGCAGUUGAACUAUGCAGAACCUUUGCCAUUCGCUACUCAAAGCAGCUAUACCAUAUCUACAUAAACAAAGAGAACCCUUUCUUUCCUUAAUUACGUUUCAGUCUUAGGUUGAAACAAACACCAACUAGAUUAUAUAAUUAUGUUUCAAUUUAAAUAUUAUGGUGCCUAUAUGUGUAUGCAUAUGCUGUCCACUGUUACUCUUUUAAUUAGUUAUAAUCGUAUUUUUAGUAAU